CCAUCAGUCCUAAAAAGCUGCAUGGUCGAACAAGAGAAAUUGAAUUUAGACAUGAAACUUUCAGCUUAAUGGAUGAAGAAACAGAAACCUGAAGCAGGUGUGUCUACAGGUGGAAGUCCACACUACAGUUUGCCUGGAAGGUGCCGGCAGGGAAUUGAGAGAUGAAGACCGUAUCCCUCCUCUUCCUCCUCCUCCUCGCCUCGGGAGCCUGUGAUGACGUCAAGUACAUCUCCAAGAGGAACUCAGUGGAUGGAUGUUUAGACUGGUCAGUGGAUCUGAAGCAGUACCAUGUUCUGGCAGGCGAGCCUGUUCGGGUCAAAUGUGCCUUGUUCUACAGCUACAUCAGAACCAACUACACCAUGGCCACCAACGCCAAGCUGCGCCUCAUCUGGUACAAGAACAAAGGAGAUGCAGAGGAACCCAUCAUUUUCUCAGGCCACAGGCUGAGUAAAGAAGACGACUCCAUCUGGUUCAGAUCUGCAGAAAUGGAAGACAAUGGAUUCUACACCUGCGUACUGAGGAACUCAACCUACUGCAUGAAAGUGUCCAUGUCGAUGACGGUGGAGGAGAGCGAUGAGGGGAGAUGCUUCAGCAGCAAAAUCCGCCAUCUGGAGAAAGCUGAGAUAACCCACAGCAAAAUGAUCACCUGCCCUGAUAUAGAAGACUACAUGGCUCCGUACAAGCAGCCACAAAUGACCUGGUAUAAGGAGUGUGAGCGGGUUGAAUGGAGGAGUUCCAUCAUGGUGAACACCACUCACCUGUGGAUACCUGAGGUGGAGGAGGGCGACGGGGGAAAUUACACCUGUGAGUUACAGUACGGAUCGAGAGUGGUGCGGCGGACAUCUCAACUCAAAGUCACAGCUCUCCAAACCACGCAGCCUCCCAAGGUCCUUUUUCCCCCAGAGAGGCAAGACACAGUGAUAGAAAUCACGCCUGGUAUGCCUCUCAGUUUGGACUGCAAGGCCUUUUUCGGCUACAGUGGAGAGAACAGGAGGCCCAUCAUCUACUGGAUGAAAGGGGAGAAGUUUGUGGAAGAGCUAGCGGGACACAUUAAAGAAAGUGAAGUCAGGAUCUUGAGGGAGCAUUUAGGGGAGAAGGAGGUGCAGCUAUCCCUAACAUUUGACGCUGUGGAUGAGGCAGACCUGGCCAACUACACCUGUUAUGUGGAGAACCAUAUAGGGAAGCGCAGUGGGAGUGCUAUACUGCAGAAGAAAGAUAUGUAUCGUCUGGAGUUGGCUGGUGGUCUCGGGGUCAUACUGCUGCUGCUCGGGGUCCUGACUGCACUUUAUAAAUGUUACAACCUGGAGAUCAUGCUCUGCUACAGGAGACACUUUGGCAGUGAUGAAACUGAGGAUGAUAACAAGGAGUACGAUGCUUAUCUGUCCUACACUAAAGUGGACCUGGACUCUCUGGGCAGGACGAGCAGCGAUGAGGAAACGUUUGCUUUGGAGAUCCUGCCCGAUGUUUUGGAGAAACAUUAUGGCUACAAGCUGUUUAUACCAGACAGAGAUCUAAUACCCAGCAGUACCUACAUUGAGGACUUAGCUCGCAGCGUGGAGCAGAGCAGACGCCUCAUCAUCGUUUUGACUCCAGAGUUUGUCGCCAAAAGAGGGUGGAGCAUCUUCCAGAUAGAGACACGCCUCCACUCUAUGCUGGUUACCGGGGAGAUCAAGGUGAUCAUGAUAGAGUGUGCCGACCUGAAGAAUGUCAUCAACUACCAAGAGGUUGAAGCACUUAAACAUACGAUCAAGGUUUUAUCCAUCAUCAAGUGGAGGGGUCCUAAAAGCAAUGAGCUCUCCUCUAAGUUUUGGAAACAGGUGGUCUACGAAAUGCCUGCUAAACGCAGAGAGACUUUGUCCAGACGCCAGGUGAUGGACGCUGGUGAACAGGGCCUCUUCGGUGACCUACAGACCACUGUCUCCACGAUUGCCAUGACAACCACCUCUGCCUCCCUGGUGCCCCCUAAUGAAAGUCGCCAUGGACAUCAUCAGGUUGCCUUGGCGACAGAGAUCCCGGACUACAACCAGAUGACCUUGCCACUGGGAGGGGGUCACACGGCUACAUCAGCCCAAAUGAGGCAUUUCUGCCGCAGUUAUGAGUUCCAGCUUCCCCCGCAGCCAUCCUCCCUGUCUCCUCCUCUCCCACCUCCCUCCACCGUGCAGUUCUCCACUCUGGGACCUGGGGGGCGCCACGUCUAUUGCAACAUCCCUAUGACACUACUGAAUGGACAGGUACCUCAGAGCAGUACGCUUGGGAAAAAGCCAGAGCUCCACCUGAACAGCACCUUUGUACCCCUCACCAGCAGAGAACUAAGCUCUGACAUCUGGUAGAUGUGCUCACCUGGUACUGGAUACAGACUGGUUUACAGACUGCUUUUUCACUGGCUUUUGGACUUUGUCAGACUGGUUGUUCUACUGGUUUUUAUAGGGUUUUUUUGAACUGUGUACAGGCUUGGUGUCAGGUGAGACUGGUUUGGGCUAUUUCACCCCACGCUGUGAACAAAGAACUUCUUAAAGACUGCAAAAGGCUAAGAUUCACAGUGGUUGGGUGUAAUGGCUGCAGAUUUCUCACAAACAGAUGGAUUCAGAUUGUAAAACCUAUAAAAACGUUACCUAUACCAACUGGUUACAGACUGAUACACACUGGUUUGUAAAAUGUGUUUCCACGACCAGUUGAUGAAAAUGAAUGAAUAAUAUUUACUACACGACUGGUCCAAUGGAUUUGACUGCAGUUUAUAGACAGAUAUGGACAUGUAUUUAUGAUGAACUGGAAGAAUCAAUGAAAAGGUCCAGGACACAGUCAAUAGAACUGGGUUUGUCAAACAAGCUACCACGUUGGACCUCGGAGCCCAAAUAUCUCGUGAUCGCAGUCUGUUCGCACACCAGCUGUGAAAAACAAGCUGGUUUGUCAGCUGCUAAACUACAGUCAACCGAAAAGCAAAACGUAGCGUGAAUGCCAGUCAAUCUUCUGCUGUCUGAGGUCUCCGAAUAUCGAUCUACCCUUUGACUAGGUGGCUUUUCAGGAAACAAGGCCUAUUUCAAGCAAUGAUUUUGGAAUACCAGUCCACCUUAAAACAACAAGUCAACCUCUUGAAACAACUCCUUACUGGCUGGUGAGCUAGCUACCCACUUGUUUUGGCUCUGAGAACCUGAAAUGGUUGACAGGAGGACAUUCCAGCAAAGUGAUGCAUAAAGCAAUGGCUAAUACCUAUUUUACAGAGUUAGCUGGAUUUAGCUGGGGUUAACUGAGAAAGCACAGUGAACUAAAUUGGAAGCUAGCUAGUUGCAUAACCAAGCUGAUUAAGGCUGCGUACCUCUUGAACAAGGAGGAAGAACACCACCAGCUCAUCACCUUGUAACCACCUUGUAACAACUAGUCAUUUCGUCAAGAGGCGAACUGUCCAAGAGAUGAACUACCAACUUUGACCACCGAGCUAAAAGCAUUAAGGACUUGGCUUUUUCUAUUUGCAUGACCACCCAUUUAGAUAAAAAAUAAUCAAAUAAACAUAGAUACAAGAGUUAAUGACACAGUCGUGUCAAAGUCUCUUUUAAUAUGGACGAGAAUAAGUGUCUUAUGUUGAUACGGUGUUUGUUUUCUGUCUGGCCAUGAAGUGAUGAUAAUAACUGAUAAAGGGAAAAAAGGAGGUGUUCCUCCAAAAACACUUUUAAUAUUUAUUUUGUUUUGUCUCAUUUAAAAGUUUUGUCCUUUAAGAAGGUUGGUGAGAACUUUUACCAGACUCUGUUUUAAAUAUUUGUUUGUUAUAAUAAUCUCUGUACAGCUUCCAUAACUUAAGCAUAGACUCAUACAUGACAGUGAUUUGUUCCCUACAUUUUGUUAACACUCACGUUAAGUGUGUGCGUGUGACCCAGAGCCUCUUUUGCUUCAAUUCUUUUCAUCUUUUUGUGGAUGGAUGGAUGGAUGCAUUGUUGGAUGGAUGGAUGAAUGGAAUCAAGAUGACAACUGGUUAGCCAAAGGGGCCGCAUAACAAGCCAGAUUUGGAGCUGAAGCAAAACACAUUCUUCUUUGUGAGCUUUAAAAAAUACAAGUUUAUUACCAUAAUAUUUAAGCAAACUGAAUAAUGUUUGGAAUUUACAAAAAGGUACUGUCACUGUCUUAUUAGAACCAAUGAAUUCUGGAUAUUUGAGAUUGUUUGAUACAAUAAUUAAUUAUUUUGAGUUGUUAUAUUCGAUGGCAAUAUACAGUAUAGUGGUUGUCUUUUGAUUUCUGCUGAUUUCUUUGAGUAUUCAUUGGAUAUAUUGGUUGAAAUAAUUUAA